AUGGCAACAGAAAUUGAUGUCACAUCAUCAAAUACACAAAUUCCAGUUGAUAGUAAAAAACGACGAUUAUGUAUGAUAACCAAAAUUAGUGUGGCUUUAUUAAUUAUUGCAGUAGUUGUGAUUCCAACAACGAUUAUUUUAACACGAAAAUCAGAUACGACAACUAAAAGUAUGAUGAACAUAACUGUAUCAUUCAUAACAACAAUAUCAAAAACGACAACAACCUCGGUGUCUUUGAAAACCUUAUCAUCAACCACAUCAUCAACUACAACAGAAACGACAUCAGUUACAGACCCAUUUGGAUUACAAACAUUUCGACGAACAAACGAAGUCGUCUAUGCUAUAUGGAAUACAAUUGCAGGUAAUGAUAGUUCACCAUCGUCACCCGGCGAAACAAUAAGUACAUAUUGGCCUAGUGAACCACCUGAAGCUGCAUUAGAUGGUAAUUUAGAUUCAGAAUAUACCAAUCAUGGGAGUUGUAGUGGAACUAGUCCAGUACACGCUGAAUGCGGAAUAAAAACUGGUUUCUAUAUAACAUUCAACAGCGAACCGUUCAUUCUCGUGAAGUUCCGUAUAGUUACACACAAAGGUUAUCCAGAUCGAGAUCCAAACACAAUUACAAUUGAAGGUAGCAACAAUAACGAAUCCGAUUUAGUUUUUGGAAAAAGUUGGACUUUGAUUUAUGAUGGCGAUGCAGGUCUCACGAAAGAUCCAGGAAGACGAGCAUAUGGUGUUACACAAACAAUAUCCAAUAACUCGUUGUCGUUUGCAAGCUAUCGUGUUCUCAUCACUUCAAAAAGAGGAAAACACGUUUGUGUUUCUUACUCAGAAUUUGAGAUGAUAGGGCGAUUUCCCGACUGA